CGGCCGGAGUCGCCAUGGGGCCGCGCGGGGCGGCGGGGCUGGCGGUGGCGCUGGCGCUGGCGCUGGGGGCGGCGGGGGCGGCGCUGGGGCUGCGGCACCGGGCCCGGGCCCGGACCCCCCGCGGCGGCGGACUGGCGGCGGCGGCGGCGGGCGGCGAGGCCUGCGGCGGCCUGCGCGGUGUCCCGGCCGCCCUCGGCAACAACACGCACCAGUGCGUCUUCGAUGACCUCAGUGGUUCUGUGUCACUGUCCUGGGUGGGUGACAGCACAGGGGUCAUCCUGGUCCUGACGACGUUCCAGGUGCCGCUGGUGAUCAUGAGCUUUGGGCAGUCCAAGCUCUACCGCAGCGAGGACUACGGGAAAACCUUUGCGGACAUCACCGGCCUGCUCAACAACACCUUCAUCCGCACCGAGUUCGGCAUGGCCAUCGGCCCCGAGAACUCGGGCAAGGUCAUCCUGACGGGCGACGUCUCGGGCGGCAGCCGCGGCGGCCGCAUCUUCCGCUCGUCCGACUUCGCCAAGAAUUUUGUGCAGACGGAUUUGCCGUUUCACCCGCUGGUGCAGAUCACCUACCACCCCCGCAGCGCCGACUGCCUGCUGGCGCUCAGCACCGAGAACGGGCUCUGGGUCUCCAAGGAUUUUGGGGAGAAAUGGGAGGAGAUCCACAAAGCUGUCUGCCUGGCCAAGUGGGGUGCAAACGACACCAUCUUCUUCACCACCUACCUGAACAACUCCUGCAAAGCUGAUCUGGGGUUACUGGAGUUGAAGAAAACCUCCGACUUCGGCAAAACCUUCAAGGUCAUCGGCACCAAGAUUUACUCCUUCGGGUUGGGAGGACGUUUUCUUUUCGCCUCCGUCAUGACAGAAAAGGGCACCACGCGGCGCAUCCACGUCUCCCUGGACCAGGGCGAGACGUGGAACAUGGCGCAGCUCCCCUCCGUCGGGCACGAGCAGUUUUAUUCCAUCCUGGCCGCGAACGACGACCUGGUGUUCAUGCACGUGGACGAGCCGGGCGACACGGGUUUUGGCACCAUCUACACCUCCGACGACCGCGGCAUCGUCUACUCCAAGUCCUUGGAGCGGCACCUCUACACCACCACGGGCGGGGAGACCGACUUCACCAACGUCACCUCCCUGCGCGGCAUCUACAUCACCAGCGUCCUCUCCGAAGACAACUCCAUCCAGUCCGUCAUCACUUUUGACCGUGGUGGGGAGUGGGUCCCGCUGCGCAAACCCAAAAACACCACCUGCGACUCCACGGCCAGGAAUAAAGACGAGUGCAGCCUCCACAUCCACGCGUCCUACAGCAUCUCGCAGAAGCUGAACGUCCCCAUGGCACCGCUCUCUGAGCCCAACGCUGUCGGCAUCGUCAUCGCUCACGGCAGCGUCGGGGGGGCCAUCUCGGUGAUGAGCCCCGACGUUUACAUCUCGGAUGACGGGGGCUACACGUGGGCGCGGAUGCUGGAGGGGCCGCACCAUUAUGCCAUCCUGGACUCGGGGGGGCUCAUCGUGGCCAUCGAGCACAGCAGCCAGCCCGUCAACAUCAUCGAGUUCUCAACGGACGAGGGGCAGUGCUGGUACCGGUACGUGUUCUCCUCCGAGCCCAUCUUCUUCACGGGGCUGGCGUCCGAGCCGGGCGCCCGCUCCAUGACCGUCAGCAUCUGGGGCUUCCGCGGGAGCUUCCUCUCCCGAAAGUGGGUGUCGUACACCAUCGACUUCAGCCAGCUGCUCAGCAGGACCUGCGAGGACAAGGACUACACCAUCUGGCUGGCGCACUCCAGCGAUCCCAGCGACCCCAGUGACGGCUGCAUCCUGGGCUACAAGGAGCAGUACCGCCGCCUCCGCAAAUCCUCCGUGUGCCAGAACGGCCGCGAAUACACCGUCACCAAGCAGCCGUCCGUCUGUCCCUGCACGCUGGAGGAUUUCCUCUGUGAUUUUGGCUACUACCGCCCGGAGAAUCAGUCUGUGUGCGUGGAGCAGCCGGAGCUGAAGGGACACGACCUGGAGUUCUGCCUCUACGGCCGCCGGGAGCUGCUCAGAACCAGCGGGUACCGGAAAAUCCCUGGGGACAAAUGUUCGGGAGGGGAGAGCCCGAGCCGCGAGGAGACGGACAUGAAGAAGAAAUGCACCAGCAACUUCCUCAACCCCGGCCAGCUGGCAGCGUCCCCCAGCUCCACCCCCAUCAUCCUGGCCGUGGUGGCCGUGCUGCUUGUCACCGUGGUGGCCGGAGUCCUCAUCGUCAAGAAAUACGUCUGCGGGGGCAGGUUUCUGGUCCAUCGAUACUCAGUGCUGCGCCAACACGCCGAGGCCACCGGCGGGGACGGGCUGGACACGCUGGACCCUGUCCCCACGGCCACCAAGGGCGGCUACCACGAUGACUCUGACGAGGACCUCCUGGAGUAGCGGCACCGCGGGGACGACGCUGGGGACACCGGGGACCCCGUCACGCUGCCGCAGCCCCCCCGCACAGGCAGGACCCCCCGCCCACGGGCUCUUUGCUGCUGGGGGGUGACAUAGGGGUUUAACUUAACUCCACUUCAAUAUUUCCUUCCAGCGCGGGGGGGGCAGCUUUUAUGGGCUUUUAUUUUUCCCUUUUCUGGCCUGUUUUACUUUAAGGAUGACGAAGCCCCCCCCCAGUGGCAGCAUCAUCCCCGGGGGGGUGGGGACGAGCUCUAAGGUGUCACCGCUGCCGGGGGGGGCUCGGGGGGACAGGAGCCAGACUUGCCUGCAGCUCCCGCCCCCCCGGCUUGUUUCUUCUCCAAAGCAAUAGGAGCUGCCAGGGCCCCCCCGGCCCCCCAGCUCGGGGGUGUCCCCAUGGCUGUGGGGUAGCCCCCAGCUCUGCCCCCCGCUCCCCCCACCCCGGACGGGCUUUGGCCGAGGGAAAUGCAGCAAUAAUGAAUUAAAGCUUGAAGCUCUUUAACCAGGGGCUGGGGGGGCUCAGCCCUGGCUCCCCCCGCCGGUGGAGGUGCAGGCAGGAUGGGGGGGGCCUAGAGCAGCCCCCCCAAAGUGGGGUCGGUCCUUUGCCCCCCGCCCAGUUCCCCCCACCAGGUUCUGGUCCCAGCACUGGUACAGUCUCCGUACACUGGAAAUCCCCAUUUUUUUUGGGGGGGGGGGCGGCUGCAUCACAUAACAGCCCCCCCGUCAGCUGGGGGGGGGUGGGGGAGGGGGGGAGGCUUUAUGUGACCGCCCCCAGCUGGGUGAUGGGGUGCAGUGGGAUGGGGGUGCAGUGGGGGGGGAAGCAGCAGGUUAUUGGGGUGCUGACCCUCCCCAGCCCCUUGCCCCCCCCGCUAUCGUGACAUGGCCGAGCUGUCGUGACUCACGGCUCCUGCUCUCGCCCCAGUGACUGUGCUGCUCCCCCCAGCCCGGUGGGAUGGGGGGGCGGGGGGGCCCCAGCACCUCCUGCAUGUGCUUCAGCGUCCCCGCGGGACCCGCCUGGGGACAGGGAUGGGGACAGGGACAGCGUGACCCCCCCCAGGAAAAGCCAUAGCCCUGCGCCCCCCCCGGCCUGGCUGUGGGGGGUGAGGCCAGCGCAGAGUCCUGUAAAUAAACCUGGAUGUGUGAGAACUUGGGUAUUUUUCUGUAUAUUUGCAAUAUUUGGGUUCUUAGAAAUAAAGCCAAAACGGAC